AUGAUAAAAGAACAUAUCAGCAAAUUUCCUUGUAUCGAAUCGCAUUACUCAAGGAACAAAACUCAAAAAAAGUACUUAGGAAGUCACCUUAAUAUUUCCAAAAUGUACGAGCUGUUUUUUGAAGAAUGUAGAAACCAAAUUCCUCGGGAAGAAAUACCUAAAAAAUGGCUUUAUGCUGACAUUUUUAACACUGAAUUUAAUUUGUCUUUCAAGGAACCAAACAAUGAUACAUGUGAUGCCUGUGAUGAAUUUAUUAUAAAACUAAAAGAAAAUUUGCCUAAUGAAACGCGUAUUGACACUCAGAAUGAAUAUGAUGCACACCUGUCAGAUGCAGACAAUCGAUACCAACUGAAGAAGCAAGAUAAGGAAGCAUCAAAAAAUGUAAGAAACUGCAACGUUCUAACUGUUGAUUUACAAAAAUGCCUACCUACGCCGCUUCUCAAAAAUGCUCAAAGCUUUUACAGCUUAAAACUUUGGACCUUUAACUAUACUGUGUACAACACGACAAAAAAAACCUCUUCAUGUUUUGUUUGGGACGAGUCAAUAGCUGGCCGAGGUGGCAAUGAAAUGGCGUCUUGCCUUUUGAGAUACAUUCUUACUCUCGAUGAGUCUGUCGAGAAUAUCAUUAUUUGGAGUGAUAACUGCCCAUCACAAAACAGAAAUCUGCAAAUGCUAAUGAGUUAUUUUUAUGUAAUGAUGGUAAAGCCAUCAUUGAAGUCGGUAGAACACAAAUAUCUUUUAAGAGGCCAUACCCACAUGGAGGUGGACUCCGUACAUGCCAGAAUAGAAAGACAAAUGAAAGCCUCCCCUGAUUUUUCUAUAAUUACCCCAUGGGACUGGCAACAGCUUAUGCGACUGUGCAACUCAAACUUAAUGGUGGAGGAAAUGCAAACUGUGGAUUUUAAAAAUUUCAAUUAUUUAUACGACAAUAUAAAAUCUUCCUUUCAAAACGACAAAAAGACCACAACAGUCAUGCAAGACAAUCGACGUUUGGGAAAGCUAUAUACCUACCCAAGCUGGCUAGCUAAUCCAGGACCAAUUUUUGUUGGAAGACAAGUGAGACGAAGCAAAUAUGAACAACUAGGAGAGGAAGCCGAACUUAUACAGAAGCAAAUUUACACUAUUACACUGAUCGAACUAAAAAAAACGUUCAGUGAAUUUGGUAACAUUACCAAGCUUUAUCUAAACAGUGACGGAAAUUAUGCGAAUCUGUAUUUUGACCAACCUGAGUCUGUUACCGAGGCUUGCGCACAAUAUAACGGUGUAAACGGUUGGACAGUGUUUUCGGGUUCAAGAAGGCCCAAAAAAUCUAACCCAUACGACGAAUUUAACUCUAGUACUUCUUCAGUUAGUCAUACCAACUCGGAGGCAAUGGAAGAAACGGUUUAUUAUAAGGGCGAUUUAGUUGAUAUCCAGGGACAACUUGUAUCGUAUUUGAAAACAGAGGAUGGAGAAAUAUUUGUUCGUUUGGAGGAUAUCGAAAAAGCUGGAUUCAAGCUUUUUCAAAAGAAAUAUUAUGAUGUUACUAGGAUUCCUGACAUGGAUGUUCUUAAAGAAAUUGAAGCUAAAAUAUUUCAUUAUGGCAUGGAAUGUUUACUUGAAGCAAAUAGGAUAUUUACCGAAGAAGCGAUUAUAAAUAUGUAUGAAAGGGUAAGGUCUAAGUUGUUUAAUGGCGAAUCUAAGCCUGCAGAUCAUCCUGCACAAAAUCGUCGCAUAAGUUUACAAGCUACCAAUUCUCCAUUAUCUUCACGAACCAAUACUCCUCCAUCAGCUGGUCAGAGAGAAAGGAGAUCAACUUCUGUAACUCGUACUGGAAGCAAUAAUUACCACAAUGGGGAAAUAUCCGCUACACGAGAAAAAUCCUCCAAUAUUUUUACAAAAGUUGAGCAGCCUGAAUUAUCCAGCUCUUUCGAACAAAAAUGUGCUACAAGAGUCAAACCCUCCAAUAUUUUUACAAAAGAUGAGCAGCCUGAACUAUCCAGCUCUUUUGAGCAAAAAUGUGCCACAAGAGUAAAACCCCCAAGUACUUUUGCUAAAGUUGAUAGGCCCGAGCAAGGUAUCGAGGUGUGGUUAUCCGUUAUCCGGGAAUCCGGGUUACCAGGCUCUGCCCUCGUCCAACUAUUGGAUUAUGGCAAUAGAGAGGAAAUCAAAGGCAACAUUCGACAAAUGUCAGAAGAAAUGCAGAAAGUUCCCGCACAAGCUUUCCGGUUCACUAUAACUCAACCUAACUCAACUAUAGAAGUCUCAAAAUUAGAGAUUGAUCAAGACAUAGAGGUGGAAGUUCUGAAACACUUUGACAGUUACGGAACUACUUAUUUAGUUGAUAUUAAACGAAUUAUUGGAUCUGAUGAAGAAGUAAAAACGACUCCGAUUGAAAACCAGCCCAAGGAGAAUGUCAAACCAGCACCUGCUGCCAAAUGCUUUAUGCAGAUAGCGAAACCUACUGUUGAAAUUGUACCUGGCGAAAUGGUGUUUAUUGUAAACCACACUAAUGAUAAACUGAUUGUAAAAAACAAGGAAAUGGCUAGUCUCACUAAAAAAAUAAUUACACAUGUGGCAUCAAUGGAGAAAAAACCCGUAGCUAAUCCAAAAGUGGGCCAGUAUGUAUUGUGUACCUGUUUUGAUCAUGGAGAUGGACUUUUUAGAGCUAUUAUCAAGAAAAUUAUUGGCGAAUUGGCAUCGUUGCAGCUGAUUGAUUUCUCCAUUGAGGAGACACUUCCUUUAACAUCAUUAAGAAACAUUGACGAAGAUCUGGCUUCUUUGCCACCAGCCCAAAUUGAAAUCAACUAUCUACCCUUAAAAAAAUUAACAGAUGACGGACUUACAUUAUUGAGCUCAUUUAUCCGAAACAAAUCCAAAAUCAAAUCGACCGAAGUAAAUGGACUAAUAGAUUUUACGGUUGAUGGAGAAUUAUUAUCAAUGAAAAUUACCCCCCAACUUAGACAACCAAAAUCAGAAAUUUCUAGUCCCAGCCACAAAGAGCCAACAGUUGUAGAACCUGUCAAAGCUGCACCAGUGGGUAAAAAUAAAGAAAAUGUAAAAACUUUCUUUAGAGACAUGCCAUUUGAUGAGCCUAAAGAUGGUGUGAAUCUCUACUUCUGUUAUUCAUAUCAUGGCGCUUCCCUGACUGUGAUCGAUACAAGUUCCAAACAUGUAGAGUUGAUUGAAAUGGUCUCUGUCGAGAAACCAGGGGACAAUGAGCCAUACGAGCCAGCCCAGUUUGAAAUGUGUUUGGCUAAAUAUGAUGAUGGUACUUGGUGCAGGGCCAUGGCAACUGGUGAUAAUGACGAAAAAGUUGAAGUUAAGUUUGUAGACUAUGGCAACAUUGAAAAAGUUAAUAGGGCAGAUAUCAGAAAACUACCAGAAAAUAUGAAGAGUAUUCCCAUAUUUGGAAUAAACGCUCAAAUUGAAGGUUUUGAAAUAACUGACGCAGUCGAGAAACAACUAAAGGAAUUAAUCCCGGAUGGUGAGUUGCUGGAGAUAAAUAUGAAAGUUGGCAAAAAGACUCAGAAUCGUAUGAAUUAUUCUGUUGAAUUACCCAGCAUUCAUCGUAUUUUGAAAGAAGAAGGUUUAGCUAUUUAG